AUGGCUUUCUCGGUUGUAAAGUGUCCCCCGGCAUACGAUGAGUAUCGCUUUACACUACCGGAGCAGUACCGGCAGAUCGCAAAGGAGGAACUGCGCGAAGAUGACGCGACCCGUGAGCAAGCGCUAACCGAGAUGCGUCAAUGGAUCGUGGACAAUCCACACAUCCAGAGUUGCCGCACGGAUGCAAAGUUUCUGCUGCGAUUCUUACGCUUUCGUCAAUUCUCCGUCCCGAUGGCGUGCGAGGCACUCGAGCGCUAUCUAUCGUUCCGAAGGCUGUAUCCGAGUUGGUUCAAAAAUCUUGAUUGCAAUGAAGUUCUGAUGAGUGAGAUUAUCAAGAACGGACCGUUUCUGUACCUUGGCCAGGACACUGCUGGCCGGGCUGUGAUGCUAAUACGCUUUGGUCGUUUCGACGGACAAAAGCACUUGGCAAUGCCUGAUGGCCGCUACGCAGCAUUGAUCAUGGAGACGAUGCUGGAGAGCGAAGAAAUGCAGAUAGGCGGAGUCCAAGUGCUGAUCGAUUUCACUGAGACCACCGUGGACAACUAUGACAAGUGGGGGACAUCGGAACUAAAGAUCAUCAUGGAAGCCUUCAGUCGUUCGUACCCACUACGUUAUGGGGAAAUUCAUGCGGCGGGACUCCCAAAGUUCGGCAUUCCUGUGGUCGAUACGUUUCUGUCGUUUGCAAAUCCGAAAAUGCGAGAGAAAAUUCGCUGCUAUUCGACGAUCACCGAGCUGAAGCAGCUUAUCGAACCGCACCUCAAACCGACUGAAUAUGGUGGGCAGGUGAACAUGGGCGAACUGAGUCGUUCGUUUUGGAAACGAAUCGAAGAACAGCGCCAAGUCGUUCUUGGGCUCGAUCGGAUGCAAGUUGACGUCGAUCACUAUGCGGCCGUAUGGGACGAGGAAGAUCCUUCACCAGCGGAAGCUGCUGCAGGAGCGGUGUUGAAACAUAUCGAUUUUCACUAA